CCGCUCACCCUCCAUGGCCCCUGGUGCAGCCCGGCUCCUGGCCCUCAGCCUGCUGGUUCUCUGGACCUCCCUGGCACCAGCUCUGGGGGGUGCUAACGAUGCUGAAGACUGCUGCCUGUCUGUGACCCAGCGCCCCAUCCCCGGGAACAUCGUGAGAGCCUUUCGCUACCUGCUCGUCACCGAUGGCUGCCGAGUACCUGCUGUAGUGUUCACCACACUGAGGGGUCUCCAGCUCUGUGCACCCCCAGAACAGCCCUGGGUGGGCCGCAUCAUUCGGAGACUGAAGCGAAUCUCUACCAAGGGCAAGCACCAGAGCAGCUAG